CGGCAGGCGAGACGAACGCCACAGGUAGGACCUGCGGGAGCAUGGAGCCUCCUCGGGUGGAGAAGUUCCGCACCGCUGGCCGAGGAAACGGGUUGCGCGCCGUGACGUCGCUGCGCCCCGGAGAGCUGCUGUUCCGCUCGGACCCGCUGGCUUACACGGUGUGCAAGGGCAGCCGUGGCGCUGUCUGCGAGUGCUGCCUUCUCGGGAAGGAGAAGCUGAUGCGGUGCUCUCAGUGCCAGGUUGCCAAAUACUGCAGUGCUAAGUGUCAGACAAAAGCUUGGCAGGACCAUAAGCGGGAAUGCAAAUUGCUUAAAUGUUGCAAACCUAGAUAUCCUCCAGAUUCUGUCCGACUUCUUGGCAGAGUUGUUUUCAGACUUAGAGAAGAAAUGCCCUCUGAAUCAGAGAUACUUUACACAUUUUAUGAUCUGGAGUCAAACAUUAGCAAACUGACUGAAGAUAAGAAAGAGGGACUUAGGCAGCUUGCAAUGACAUUUCAGCAUUUCAUGAAAGAAGAAAUACAGGAUACUUCUAUGCUGCCAUCUUCCUUUGAUAUUUUUGAAGCCUUUGCCAAAGUGAUCUGCAACUCUUUCUCCAUCUGUAAUGCAGAGAUGCAGGAAGUCGGGGUUGGCCUCUAUCCGAGUAUGUCCUUGCUCAAUCACAGCUGUGACCCCAACUGUUCAAUUGUGUUCAAUGGGCCCCACCUCUUACUGCGUGCAAUUCGGGAUAUUCCUGCUGGAGAAGAGCUCACCAUCUGCUACCUGGACAUGCUGAUGACAAGUGGGGAGCGCCAGAAACAGCUGAAGGACCAAUACUGCUUUGAGUGUGAUUGUUCCCGUUGCCAAACACAGGACAAGGAUGCUGAUAUGCUAAGUGGUGAUGAGAAAGUAUGGAAAGAAGUUCAAGAAUCUCUGACAAAAAUUGAAGAAUUAAAGGCACUUCGGAAGUGGGAACAGGUUCUGGCCAUGUGCCAGGCGAUCAUAAGCAGCAACUCUGAAAGGCUUCCUGAUAUCAACAUCUACCAGCUGAAGGUGCUUGACUGCGCCAUGGAUGCCUGCAUAAACCUCGGGCUGCUGGAGGAGGCCAUGUUUUAUGGUGUUCGGACUAUGGAGCCAUACAGGAUCUUUUUCCCAGGCAGCCAUCCUGUCAGAGGUGUGCAAGUAAUGAAAGUUGGCAAACUGCAGUUACACCAAGGCAUGUUCCCCCAAGCAAUGAAAAAUCUGAGACUGGCUUUUGAUAUUUUAAGAGUGACACACGGACGAGAACACAGCCUGAUUGAAGACUUGAUUCUACUCUUAGAAGAAUGUGAAGCCAACAUAAAAACAUCUUGAGAGAAUUCAAAGAGAAGAUGGCUCAUUGCAUUCUUGAAUUACUUACUGAGGUCAUGCACAUGUUGUUUCUGAAGGCAUUCCCCCCUAGUGGAAAUGCUAUUCAAUGUUUAUACAGGCAAAUAAGAGCAGACAUAUGGUUGCAAAACAGGAAAAUCAUUAGCUGUUGAGAAGGAUGAUUAUAAUAAACAC